GUGUGUGAGCCCAUUGUGUGUCUGUGUGUCAGUCUCCACGUGGAUGCACACCUCAGCCCUGCUCAGGGCCUAAGACACACCCAGGCCCUUCCUUAGUCUGAGAAGGAGGUGGGGAGCCUCCCCUCUGCCCAGGGGCCUCCCCAACAUCUCCCCGCCCCUCGGGCUGUCACCACCCCCAGAGGGCACAGGCUCCCAAGCCUCCCAGCCAGAGCCCAGAGCCCAGAGCCAGCCUCAACGGCCUGUGAGCCACAGUGGCUGCCCUUUGCGUGCUGCGGGCUGGGGGGCCCUGGGCAGGAAGCUGGCUGAGUCCCAAGACUCCGGGGGCCAUGGGUGGGGAGCUGCUGUCUGGCCUGGGGGCCCUGCGCCGGAGAAAGCGGUUGCUGGAGCAGGAGAAGUGGCUGGCAGGCUGGGCACUGGCGUUGGCAUUGGUUGGCAUCGGGCUCAUGGUGCUGCACGCAGAGAUGCUAUGGUUCGGGGGCUGCCCGUGGGCUCUCUACCUGUUCCUGGUUAAGUGCUUGAUCAGCCUCUCUACCUUUCUGCUGCUCUGCUUCAUCCUGGCCUUUCACGCCAAGGAGGUCCAGCUGUUCAUGACCGACCACGGGCUGCGGGACUGGCGCGUGGCGCUGACCGGGCGGCAGGCGGCGCAGGCGGCGCUGGAGCUGGCGGUGUGCGCGCUGCACCCCGCGCCGCUGCGGGGUCCCCCGUGCGUGCCGGGCCCCGGGGCGCCCUCUGGCGGCGGUGCGGGCGGCGCGCAGGCCUGGGCCGGCUUCCUGGGGCAGGGCGACGCGCUGCUGUCCCUCGCCAUGCUGGCGCGCCUCUACCUGGUGCCCCGCGCCGUGCUCCUGCGCAGCGGCGUGCUGCUCAACGUCUCGUACCGCAGCAUCGGCGCGCUCAACCAGGUGCGCUUCCGGCACUGGUUCGUGGCCAAGCUGUACAUGAACACGCACCCGGGCCGCCUGCUGCUCGCGCUCACGCUCGGGCUCUGGCUCACCACCGCCUGGGUGCUGUCGGUGGCCGAGAGGCAGGCCAUGAACGCUACGGGGCACCUUUCAGACACGCUGUGGCUGAUCCCCAUCACCUUCCUGACCAUCGGCUACGGGGACGUGGUGCCCUGCACCAUGUGGGGCAAGAUGGUCUGCCUGUGCACCGGGGUCCUGGGGGUCUGCUGCACUGCCCUGCUGGUGGCCGUGGUGGCCCGGAAGCUGGAGUUUAACAAGGCAGAGAAGCACGUGCACAACUUCAUGAUGGACAUCCAGUACGCCAAGGAGAUGAAGGAGUCAGCUGCCCGGGUGCUGCAGGAGGCCUGGAUGUUCUACAGACACACGCGCAGGAAGGACUCCAGCGCUGCCCGCAGGCACCAGCGCCGGCUGCUGACUGCCAUCAACACAUUCCGCCAGGUGCGGCUGAAACACCGGAAGCUCCGGGAGCAGGUGAACUCCAUGGUGGACAUCUCCAAGAUGCACAUGAUCCUGGAUGACCUGCAGCAGGGUCUGAGCAGCUCUCACCGCACCCUGGAGAAGCGCAUGGACGCCCUGGCGGGGAAGCUGGAUACUCUGAAUGAGCUGCUCAGCACGGCCCUGGGGCCACAACCCCUGCCAGACGCCAGCCAGGAUGCCACGUAGCUGGAUGCAUGGAUGAAGAGCUGGGCUCUGUCCCCAGGAUCGAGUCAAAGACAUUUGUUUGCUCUCCCUGCUACUCCCAACGCAGCCCGUGAACACAGCAUCUGGAGCCACUGGAGACCAGGGAUAGACCCCUUGGGGCGGGCAGCCAGCUGCCAGUUGGUGGAGGGGAUGCUGGCUGAGGCCUCGGAGGGGAAAUGGCCCCACACUCCCACCGGGUAGCCCCCAGCAUCAGGGCUGGAGGCGCCUGGUACUGGGACCCCAGAGGAGGAGGGUCCUGGGCUGAGGAUGGGGGCGGAUGCCAGGACCCCGGGUGCCUCAUUGGCCGCUGGACGGCAGAGCUGAGGGCCCCGGGUCUCAGGCUAGGAGGUGGCGCCCCCUGGCAGGGGAGGCUGUGGGGGGCCGGGCGCCAGUCUCCUCUUAACACUUUGUAAUAAACGUUCAACAAAACCA